AUGACCGGCACCUUUGUGGAUAUCUUCAGUGAUGCCAUUUCAUCUCCCCAUGCCUCAAAACAUUCAUCAGUAUUUUACUCUAUCUUGCCAUCAAACCAGCUCUCAAAGAUUUGUUUUGCCACCGCAGUGACUCCCUCUUUAAAACUUUAUGUCAACAGUGGUAACAAUGCCACCAGGAUUCUCGUAGCGAUCUUCUAUGAUGCACCACGAAGCUUUCGUGUCUUUGCUAAAGGGAAGUAUAUCUCGCCAGUUCUUUCAUCUUCCAUCCCUUCCUCAGCAAAUGCCAUAACAGGAACCAACUCCUUUAACUUUCAGGAGAAUCUUUUAUAUGUUACCAUUAGUCAAGAAGACCCCGUUGAGAUAUAUGUUCAGAAUUCCCUUCAUGUUGCAUUCACUAUAGCAGAGACCAUCGGAGUAGAGAUUCAGGCAAUGGUGAUUGAGCGUCUGGUUGAUUUUUUACAGAUUGGGCACAGCCAAAUCAGAACAGUCCAUGACUCGUCAGGAAGUGAGGACACAUUAAAGAUUAUUGCGGACAAUACCACCAAGAAGAAACAUCAGUGUUCCACUAUGAAGUCUUGUAUGUUCACCCAUCACGGAGUUGGUCAACAGAGAGACCUAAUAGGUUCAACGGGGAGUUCCCAGCGGUCCCUUUGGGGGACUGGUUUAAGAGUACUAAUCCUGGAGAUCAGUGAUCCACCAUCCUUUCCGAACGACAAUCUCGUUUCCUCGUUUUCAAGCGAGAGAUUAAACAGCUUGGCCAACAUUCUCGUCAAUGCCCAACAGGUCGGUGAACUUCAACGAGCCAUCCAAUUGCCAGUGGACUCUUUAGUGGUAACAGUUUUUGCCACUUCAACUCCAGCAGAGGGAAAUUCUAGAAAUGGAAGCAGUGAAACUCGAAGAGCUUGCCUGUAUGUCAGGCCUUACAACCUCUCUGUCGGGAUUCAGCCUUCCGAUGGAAUUGUGGGUAGACCGCUGCCCAGGCAGCCUCAGGUUGUUUUCCUGGAUAAGCAGGGUCAGCGAGUUUUGAAAUUAGGCUUCACCUCCAAAUCAUGGAUUGUGGCAGCUCGUCUCCGAGGCGAUCCGAACGCCGUGUUGAAAGGUUUGGAUAUCUGCUUGGUUCUAAGCGUUCCUGGGCCCCAUCCUUCUCUUGUUCACAAAUGGAUUGGGAGUGUUCAUUUCCUUGAUAAGCACAUCAGGGACUUUGUCUGUACCCUGUAUAAUCCCAAAUGGACCUCUUUUGUGUAUCUCCUGCACAAGGUCCAGACAAAGCACUCUGUAAACUUCUCCUUUCCAACAAGCGUAACAACACUUGGCCUAGCACUGUCCCUGUUGCAGUGA